UUUUAUUUUCUUAAUUGUGUAUAUGAGUUAUUCAAAAUUUGAUUCCUAUUUAAAAUGAAAUAUGUGUCAUCUAUCACAUGAGUCAUGAGACGUCCAAACUUCUGGAAGUAGUAGAUAAACGCCUUGCCGUUUCUUGAUAUGUAAACGACGUGACGUCUGAUGUGAUUUCAAACAAACCUUUACCAGCUCUUCUACAGCACGGAGAGAUUCGUCGGAGAUAGCAAACAUGGAGAAGAAACGCGAAGGAGUAAUCGAAGGAAUGAGUCGGAUCGUAUCAGAUCCUUACUACUUCCUCCAUUUCAUGGCCUUUUUCUCUUACCUCCCGAUUCGUAGCUCCGCCGCACCGUACACUUCUCAUCGACUCUUCGACAGAGAAAUCCAAGCAUUUCUAGCGUUUCUUAUGUUUUCCGCCAUUAAGGUUUGAAUUUUGCUUAAAUCUCUAACUUCAUUGUUUCCUGUUUCACCGAUUUCGUUUUUGUAGAUGGUGAGGGAGGAAACAUGGGAAGCUUUCGUUGCUGAUAGUUUACUCUAUGCUAAGAUCUUUCUUAUUGCGGUUUCGUUGAUUAUGGAUUAUCGAGUGGCGGUCUGGUUUAGUAUCAUAUUUUCAGUUAUAUAUCUAUUAGCUCAACAACCAGCAUUUAGUAAACUAGGAACUGCGAAGAAGCUAACACCUAUGCAGUUGGAGGAUUUGUUAUCAGAUGGUAACACAACAAAAUACUGGUUGAUAGAAUUCUUUGCAUGUAGUUCAUCCAAGUGUGUUCGUUCUAGCCGUUGCUUUCCUGAGCUCUCCAUCACGUACUCGAAUAAUCUUUUGUCUUUUGGAACUGUCGAUCUUGGACUUUUCCCUAAUACUGCGGCAAAGUUUGGAAUAUCUCUUGCUGGUGGAAUGUCUCAGCUUCCCACAUACAUAUUGUUUGAAAAGGGUGUCGAAGUUUCUCGGUUCCCAGACUUUUAUGUUGACGCUGCACCUUCUUUACCCAUAACCAAGAAACUUUUGUGUCAACAUUUUGAGCUUGAUCGGCUUCUGCUCGACUAUAUAAACGGAACAUAGCUGGAGAAAACGAGUAAACGGAUAUACGACUAUCUGGCUUCUCCUGCAAGAGCAGUAUGAACACAUCAACACACCAUUGGACUACCACAUUCGUAUGUUUAUUCUCUUUUAGUGGGGAUAUUUGGUGAGGCUCUGCCAGAGAAAAAAGGACAGAUUAUAUUUUAGUGCUAUAGAGAGAUAGAAAGAUUCUGUUGAAAUUUUAUGGGGAUUGAGUUUCGACAAAGAAUUCUUGAAUACGAUGGUAAAAUGAAAUCUCAAUUUCUGACUUUGAAAUUUAAUGCCUUUCGUUUU